AACGCCGUGACAAGUGGUUGUCUUGUGUACAUUACUACAUUAUAUAUUGAUUCAAACAUCAUUCAAGUCGAAGAAAGAAGCCAAUAUGGACAUAUUCAGUGUUUUCAGAGUAACGGUUUUGGGAACGUUGAUAUGCUUUUAUGGAGUCGAAUGCGGUAUUGCUGGAUGCUAUACUGAUUACCAACAGUGCUAUAGCACAUAUAGUCAGGUUCCACGACCUCAGUCAAUGACAGUAGACUGGACAGAAUUUUGCAAUGCAGCAGAUACGCUUGAUAACUGUUUAAAAAACGACGUCAAUUCCUGUGGACCAAAUGAUUCUGAACCACAAGCCUACACUAAUUACGCGGCCACUGCAGCAGAUAGUAAGAAAUCCUGUAAAGUUGCUAAGUGCACCAACAUGCAACUGAAGUGUUCAUCCGAGUAUGCAAACGCCACCUCUUUUAUAAGAUCAGAAUCAGGAAUAACUCAAGAAAAUUUAGCUAGCAUGUGCAAGGCACUACCUAAGGCAAGAACAUGUUACAGCAACUACCUUACGGAGUGUAAUGAACCAGAAUUGACGACGGGAAUGAAUGACAUACUGCAAAGUAUCGAUCAGCAACUAUCAAGCUGCCAAUCACAAGUAUCAGGUGAUUGUCUUGCCAAAUCUUUACAAUGUGUAAAUGUAACACAGGAAAUUAUGCCAUCAUUUCAAAGUUUAGAUUUUAACAACCCCAGUGCUAUGUUACAACAGAUGAGUACUCUGUGCCCUGUAUUUGGUCGACUCAAGGAAUGCUAUAAUGGUCUUGUUGCCGCAUGUCCAUCUUUUGUGAAUGAUUCUGCUGCUGCUUUAAACGGUUUUCAAAUAUUUGACCAGUUUUGUGGUACUGAUUUAGUUAACUGUGCAGUGAAAAUUCAAGAAUGUUCUGCACCCAUUGAAGCAUAUCCAAAUUGUACCGACACAAACAAUGCGGACAAAUUAUCACUUGCUGAAGGUGUGAAUUGUUGCAAACUUGCAGCAAAUACUACUAAAUGUUUACGAGAUGGCGGUUGUGGAAACAUUAUUAGCAGUGUUCCAUCUCUGCAGCGUUCCGAGGCUUUGUGUCGUGGUUACAACGAUUACUGCCCCGAAAUGUUUGAAUGUUUUGAAGCAACUUAUCCAAGUGGCUCUUUUAACGAUCCUUCAGCAGUGUGCAGAAAUGUUGGUGGCUUCUUAACCUGCAUUGAACAGAAAUGUGCCAAUAAACCAAAAAUGGGUCAACAAACAUUAGCCAAGAUAAGAGAAGUUUUCAACCAAAUAUGCGAAGUUAUUGCGAAAUACCCCACUGUCGCGUCAUGUCAAUCAUUUACAUCUUGUAUUGACAAAGCACCAUCUCUACCAGGAACAGUUAAUAGUAUACAAUCAUUCGUUUCUGCCCAGGAUUCAGAUAGAUGGUGUCAACUCGCCAAAUCUUAUGUAUCUUGUGGAGUUACAGCAGCCGAAGGCGAUUCGUGUAACCCAGGUGCAGGCUUUCCUUCUGAUGCUUCAACAGUUCAGACGUCUACUGAUCAAGCUUGUUCUGGAGUUCGUGGACCCUGUCUUCCAGUCUCUAAUUGCUUGGCUACCUUAAUGGGAAAUCAAACUAAUAUGAUGUUUAAGACUACUUGCCCAAAUAUACCAGGAUUCGUGACCUGUACCGACGAUGCUUUGAAGGGGUGUGGUGAUGGAAGUCGUGUUAAUGCUGCUUACAGUCUAUCUGAUGUAAAGGAUCUAUAUGUUGAAACCUGUGAUGCCGUAAGUGAAGGUUUGUACCAAUGUAGUUUGAUGAGUAAUUGUCUUGAUUUACAGUUACCAACAAAGACUGGCGACUUAAUUUACGAAUUAUCUGAUCAGACCUCAUGGUGUCGCGAGAUGGUUUUGGAAGCUGGUUCAAAUCCGAUAGAAACAAUCAAACACCCUGGGGAAUUCGACACAAUGUUGAAAACAGUUUUAUAUCUUAAAGAUUUCGAUUCAGUCUCAAGUUGGAUACCCGAUGUUGGUGAUGGAAGUGUUUUAAAAGAACCGAAGGAAGAAAGGUUGGCGGAUCCUGGAUCACGUGGUGAAGAUUCAGAUGGUGUGGAAGGGGAAGACGAGUCUGAAAGUGAAAAGAGAAGGGGUGUGCCCUCUCUACGAGAGCGUUUACCUAUGUCUGCUGGACUAGGAGUAGGUGAACUUCGGGCUCGUUUAGGGGUUUGGUUCGGCAGCGUGGUGGCUCUAGAUGGUGCAGUGUCGAGGAAUGGUUAUGUACGAGUACUUCAGUAUAAUAAUGUUGUUGAGAAUAAUAGGUGGGGUAAUUACGUAAAUUGGAAAUUAUAUCCUUUAUUCGGUCUGUUGGAACAUAGAAAAGUUUCCAUAGGGUUACCAUAUAAAAUUCAUCUACAAAGAGAAAUCAACGAUGAUAAGAUAUUCUUUGGAGAGAAUGGUUCAGAUGCAAAAUUAGAAAUAAAGAAUCUCCAACUUUUCAUACCCGUAAUAACACCAUCAAUUGAAGUAGAAACGAGAAUAUUCAACUCAUUAACUAAAGAUAUUGAAAUAGCUUUUCUUCAUCGUAAUACGGUAGGUAGCAUGACUUUAACGGGAGAAUCCACCACAUGGCCAAUCACUGACACUAUUAAACCAGCAAGAUAUUUAAUGGUUGGUUUCAAGAACUUAGCAGAUUCUCAAGCGAAUAACAAUAAUGUCUUGAGAGUGGCAAUGAACCAAACUCAAGAUCCUUUAAUCCAUAAAUUUCAAGUAAGAUUAAACAACGAUAAUUAUCCUAACCAACCUUUAACAAUUAAUCCAACCACAAAGGAGUAUAAUGAAUUGUAUAGAAACUAUAAAAACAUGUGUGAAUUAUUUGGAAAUCCACCUCAGUUUGAAUAUGUAGAUUUUGCACUUAAUCAUCCAAUCUUCUGUUUUGAUCUAUCAGCUCACCAAGAAGAUCUUUUCAAAACAGGAGUCAACAUAAAUAUUCAUAUUGAAAAACACAAGGAGAUAGACGAUAUAGAUUUAGAAAGAAUUGACGCGAACGCAAAAGAAGGUGGAUUUUUACCUUUCCUUCCACCUUUAAUAUUUGGUGGUAUUGCAGCGGCUACUGGAAUAACAAAAGCCGUCAACUCAAAUAAAGCAGCUGCAGUAAAAGAACGUAGACACAAUUUAGCAAUGGAAAAGGAAGCACGAGGUUCAGGAGUGGGAGAAAUGAUAGGCACAAUAAAAGAAUUUGGAAAAAGAUUUGGGGAAGAAACCAAGAAAACUGUUAAACAAGGAUUAAAUAAAUUAGUAGAUAGUAUUGACACAGGAGAAGUCAAAGUCAAACAUAAGGGUAAUGGAAUAUUUUUCAAAAAUAUACAUACUGGAGAAGGAAUAUUUCUUUCAAAGUAUAAGUUAUUUUUGGAACAAAUUAAAAUAAUAAAAAAUGGGCAAAAAAUUUAA